ACAACACAUAUCAUAAACCGCCUGCAACACCACAUACCAUAUCUUCGAGCUUUAUCUCUGCCAAAUCACCAAGCUGCACCCAAAGCCACACAAGGACCCUUGCAUCACAUCUCAUCGAGAUACCAGUCAACCAACGCACCCGCCGCCCGCAGAUUCGGUGCGCCGUUGUUCAGUGGCCCUCUUCCGCGGAAAACAGUUUCGUUCAUUGUUGCACCCCAUCAAUAGGUGUGGUGCCGCUGUCGUUCACCCAGCUCGUGCUCAUAGAAGCCCGGAAGGAGGUUCGAUCCAUCUUUGAAGCUGCGCCUCAACCUAGCUGCCGCGUUAUCCAGUUCAGCUCAGCCAUCGAUCUCCUAGUGCCUGCUGGUGCAUCUCGUGUUAUAAAAAUCAUCAGUCAAAAGCUGCGACCUGCGGAUCGCCGAGCCCCUGGCCGAGAGAGAUUGGAGACGGGCCAGAUCCAGGCUUGCACGAGAAGAAACGGCACACACUCACACACAUACACACGCAGCCCACCCCCCAAAUUGGCUUACACAGAUUCGUCAUCCCGCACAAAAAGAAGUACAUACACUACCCGAACAAAGAAAAAGUUGGCCAUGCCUCGCCCAGCGCUGCCGCCCACGCCCGGCUCCUCGUCUGAUAUCAGGGGCAAGGAUGGCGUGCAGCAGCUCUCGGCCCUGCAGCUCGCCUUUGAGCUGCCUCCGCCGGCCAUCCACGAUGCCUCCUCCUCCUCCUCCUCCUCCUCCCCCGUCGACCCCAAGCUCUCGCCCUUGUCGUCCGCCAACCGCCCUCCUUCUUCUGCUGCUACCUCGGGCCUAGCAGGCCUGGACGUUGCUCCCUCGCCCAGGACGGUGGUAUAUCCCAUGCAGGCCGCCGAGACGGUCAAGUCCCGCAGACGCUCGUCCGCCGCCACCACCACCAAGGAGUCCUCCAGCAAGGCCAACACAACCACCAGCAGCAGCAGCACCUUUGCCCUGCCGCCGCCGCCCACGCGCUCCAGGAAGAUUAUCCAGAUGAAGCCGCGCACCACCGCCGCCGGCGCCAACUCGGCGUCUACUACUACCACCACCAAGGAGUCCUUCGGCCGCGCUAACAUCGCCGGGAGAGCUUCCGCCGCCGCCAAGACGGCCGCCCCGGACGCCGCCGGCUCCGGGCCCGGAGGUGCCUCGGCCAAGGGCGGCGACACUCCGUCCAACAACAGCAACAAGAAGAAGCAGCCCAGCGCGACCAGCGCCGCCGGCAGGAAGAUUGCGCGCAAGACGGCCCACAGCCUGAUUGAGCGGCGGCGGCGCAGCAAGA